GCUUGGCGUAGAGACCGAGAUAAAGGGAGAGCAAAGGGGUUGGUCAAAGCCUAAAAGGGGUAGAUCUUGCAGUAUCUAUCUGCCGGCCAUGACCACCUCCCGGGACAUCAAGGAGAGGAAGAGAAGGAUGGGCCGUAGAGGAGGGGAGCUGGCAGCAGCUUUGGCGCUCGUGGUAGGAGGCGUUGGGGUAUGCAGGGCUGCCGCCUCGACGACGCAUGGUGCCGCCGGUGGUCCUAUCUCUUCUGCUGCCAAGAUAGGUGAUCAUGCGGCCAGCGCGACACCGUCGUCGGCUACCGCCUUCCAGGUGGCCGGAAACCCUUGGCUUUCGUCCACAACAGGAGGCCCGCGAAAUCGCGCUUCUACCGACCCCUCUCGCGCGUGCAACAACCUUGCCGACAGCAGGGGCACCGCGACAUGCGGCACGGGGUCCGGGGGGGUGGGGUCGGCGGCGAGGGGACCGAGCGUGUUCCGGGGUUGGCGAUCUUCCAAGGCCGCCUCGAUGUCGUCGUCGACUGCUGGUGCUGGCGGCGGUGACCCUGGAGCAGGGGACGCGUCAUCGCCGUCCCUUUUUUCGCGAGGGAGACCGUUCCGGGGAUCGUUCCUCCCGUCGUCGGCGACUGGGGCUACUCCUAGCUCAACCGGGCUGGGUGCCGCCGUUGGCGGCGACGCCGCCAGUUCUUCCGCGGAGGCUGGGGCGGGCGGCGGUGGUGCGGGGGGCCUAGGGAAAGGGAUCGGUGCGGGUGCGCCGUGGCUUGCGCGGGGGCUCAAGGCCCUCGUGCGGGGGGGAAGAGGGGGAGAGACGGGGACCCAGCUCCCGUCGCUGGGAGCCGUCAUGGAAGCGGUGGACGCCCGCGGGGCCCAGGAUGAGGUGGUGGCGGCGGAGGGCAGGAGCAAGAUGCAGGGGGUGAUGUCCUCGGAGCUGCCCACGCACCCGCAGAUGCGCGAAGGCAUGCUGCCCAACGGGCUGCGUUACAUCAUCCUGAACAACCAGAGCCCUCCGGAGAGGUUCGAGGCGCACCUUGAGGUGUUCGCGGGAUCGGCGGACGAGCUCGAGUCCCAGCAGGGCAUGGCGCACCUCGUUGAGCACGUGGCCUACAUGGGCAGCCGGAAGAGGGAGCGGCUGUUCGGGACGGGGUCUUCGACGAAUGCUUACACGGAUUUCCACCACACGGUGUUCUACGCUUCUUGCCCGGUGCUAACCCCGCCCGGGUGGGGCCGCCCGACGCCCAUGCUCGGGCGCGCUCUUGGAGCGCUGCUCGACGUUCUCGAGGCUGUGUGCGAGGAGUCUCGUCUCGAGAAGGAGCGCAGCGCCGUGCUCUCGGAGCUGACGAUGGUCAACACGAUCGAUUACCGCAUGGAGUGCCAGGUGCUCUCCGCACUGCACGCCGAGAAUCAGCUGUCCAGGCGUUUUCCUAUCGGCAAGGAGGAGCUGAUCAAGGGCUGGAACACCAAGGACGUCCUCGAGUUCCACAGGAAGCACUACCGCCCGGAUAACGCCGUGCUGUACUGCAUCGGAGACCUGAACGUCGACGAGACCGAAGAUCAGAUUCGCCAGAUGUUCGGUCAUCUCGGAGGCGUCCCAGACACGACAGAACCCCCCAACCUGAAGAGGCAGUCCCUCAGGUUCCCGCCGGUGACCCACCAGUGGUCAGGGGGGCACGUGACCGAGAGGAACACGCUUCCGGUCAUGGAGCCCGUAGACGGGAAGCCGCUCGGAGUCCCUCGCUUCUACAAGCACGACCUCCUCCAGGCCUUCUCUCUCCACGUGUUCGCCAAGCGGCCCAUCGAGCCUAUCACCUCCCUCGGCGACUUCCGGCGGGCAAUCAUGAAGAGGAUCGCUCUGGCAGCCCUGCAGAUCCGGCUAUCGGUCAACUCUAGGAAGGACCCGCCAUUCCUCAGCGUCGAGUUCAACCAGCUUGAUUCUCCCAGAGAGGGUUGCGCCGUCUGCUUCCUGGACAUGACGGCGGAGCCAGCGAAGUGGAAGGACGCCGUCAAGUUCGCCGUGCGGGAGGUGCGGAGGCUGGGCAUGUUCGGCCUGACGAGCGGCGAGCUGAAGCGGUUCUCGUCCGCGUUGCUCACGGACGCACGGCAGCUGGCGGCACAAGGGAACCGCAUCAGCAACAGCGAGCAGCUGAACUUCUUGAUGGACACGGUGGCCUCGGGUCACACGUUCAUGGACACCGAGCAGACGUACCACGCCACCCGCCUUGUCAUCGAGUCGCUCACCCUCGAGGAGCUGAACGAGGUGGCAGCCGAGCUGUGCGAGCACAUCACCCUCUUCGGAGUGCCCCAGGCCAACAAGCCCAGCGCCGUGGUUGCCUGCGUGCCCACGGCGAUGAAGGUGCCCGCGAUUGGACCGAAUGGCGAGGAGUCGACGGAGGCCAUGGAGCUCUCGGAGGAGGAUGUAGUGGCCGCCUUCAUCGAGGGGGUAAACGAAGAGAUCAACGAGUCCAACAAUGAUGUGGAGGUGCCGCAGUCGUUCUUCACCGGAAGAGAGCUCGAGGCCCUCAUGGACGAGACCAAGCCCGAGUGGGUACCCGCGUCGGAAUACUUCUCCGCAGAAGACGGGGCCGCCGGCAAGAUCGGGAAGGGCGGGCUAUUCGUUGAGGAGCCCGCAACUGGGACCCGCCUCCGCCGACUGAGCAACGGCAUCCGCGUGAACGUGGUGAAGCAGGAGCACGAGAGCCAGAGGGGACAGGUUCGCGUGACCCUCCCGGGGGGCCGGCAGCUGGAGUCUAUCCUGGGCCCCGGUGUGGUGGCGAUAGGGGCGAGGACCAUGCAGGAGGGCGGGGCGUUCGGCAACUGGAUCAGGGAACAGGUGGAGCUUUUCUGCAUCGACCACCUGGUGAUGGUUACCGUCGAGGCGAACGACGAGUUCUUGUACCUCGACCUGGCGUUCCCGACCACCAAGCUUCACGGCAGGGGGAUGGGGGAUGACGGCAGCGACGACGUGGAGGAGGGUCUCAACGGAAUGGAGGCGGCAUUCCAGGUUCUUCAUCAAAUCCUAUCUGGGUUUGUGUGGGAAGAGGAGGCCCUGAAGCGGGCCAAGCAGUCCUUCCUGCAGUCUCACGAGACCCUGGUCAAGAGCCUCGAGGGGAGGUCUACGGAGAUGCUCAUGGAGCGCAUGUCCGGAGGCGACAGCCGGUUCAUGUCCAUCCCCCAGGAAGACAUCGAGCCAAUCACCCUCGAGCAGGCUUCUAUGGCGAUCGAAGGACACCUUGCCACCUCCCACAUGGAGGUAUCGCUCGUCGGUGAUUUCGACAUCGCAGAGGCGGAGCGGAUGACGCUGCUGUACCUGGGAACGAUCAAGCCUUCCGAGCGCGAGGCGUUCCUUCGGCCGUCGGUGGAGGCAGUACCAGCCUCUGACGCGGCUGUUACGACACCCCGACACCUCGACGUCCACCUUCCGGACUCGGAUGACCGCGCCGUUGGCUACGUCGCCGGCAGCGCGCCUAACCGGUGGGGGAUGAUGAGGGACGGCUCGAGCAUUCUGGACCUGUUCCCGAAGCCCCAGGGAGGAGACAAGAAGAAGGACCACAGGGCACACACGCUAUUCGCUCCGGUGGUUCUCCUCAUGCUCAAGGAGGCCCUCAACAGGCGCCUGUUCUCGGUGGUGCGGGAGCAGAAGCGCCUUACCUACGACGCGAGCAUCCACCUUACCAACUUCGACCGACUGCUCGGCAGCUGGUACCUCAUCACCGUAACCGCCAACCCCGACAAGGUGGACGAGGCCAUUAAGGCCUGCCAGGACACCCUUCGGGACAUGAGCGGACCUGUGCCCAUCACCGCUGACAACAUCGAGUCGGCCAAGCGCGUCCUCAUCAACAGGCACGAGGGAGACCUACGAACAAACGCUUACUGGUGCGACCUCUUGAGCGGUCUCCAGUUGGACUGCUUGCCUGGAAAGGACUUGAGCUGCGUCAACGACCUCCCGACGGUCGUAGAAGCGGUAACCGCACAGGACCUGCAAGUCGUGCUCAAGGGCCUCACGACAGACCGGGCACAGAUGUUUACCUGUGCCGGAGUUAGUGGUACGAAGCCUCUGCCCCGUAUCGCGGGGAAGGCGGGGAAGCACUCGUAACCUUACCCGGAACUGAAGAGGCCUUUUCUUGAUUUGGCAUAUUCGGCGGAGCCCUGCCUUCCCCACCCCCACCGCCUCGGCGCGUGGGAGGGUUUGGAGUUGGAGAUGCUGCGGCUUUUUUUGUCCGCUUGGUUGGUGGACGUUGCGAGUGAUCCGGCAACUGUGGGCAGUUGGUUGUUUUGUUUUUGGUGCCCCGGCCUAUACGCUUACUCAUCUGCUGCGAGAACGGCCACGGCCGAUACCGGAUGGUUGUUGUUGUUGGUCGAUUUUUAUUCAGUUGACGAUGGGACAAUGGAGGAGACAUGUGUGGCUGUAAAUGGUGGGUGUGUUGCGGGCAUCGGGCUGAGAAGCCCCAGCGAAGGGGUUGUCGGUCAGCUUGGUUUAUCGACAGUUUGACCGAAUUUUGAGGGUUUGGAUGAGAUGUCUUUCUCUCUUUUUUUGUUGGGUGUGUUGCGGGUUGGGAUUGGGGAGGUAGGGGGGGGGUAAAUUUGAUUAGGGUGUGCGUUGAAGAUUGUAGCGGUGAUUCAGGAGAAGAGUUGCGGUGAUCGGAGAGUUGGUCGGCUUGGCGGGGGACGCAGCAACGCCGCGAGAUAUGAACAGGCUUAGACUUGACAGUUGACGUCCGUCAUGAUCCAACGGAUAGAGGUCGCGAACAUGGAUACAAGAACGCCGGCCGGCGCCCCAUCGCGGCCAGGUGAGUUUGAGAGUUGCGUGGCUACAUAGAGGCGGGCGAGUGCACGCGUGAGGGGGUUGCGCAGAAUGGCAUUUCGUCCUGUGCGCGGUGACACCCACUAACAGAUCAUGGAGGGAGUGGGGGAUAUCACUUGAACGGGAAAGCUAAAGCUUUACGCGUCGCGGUGUCAGAGCUCGACGGCAAUAGAACGGAGGAAAGUGAACAAGCACUGUUUGUCAGGUGCCCCGCUUUUUUGCGGCGACGAGCACCUUUCGUCAUAUGUGCGUAGAUCAGACGAGGUUCUGUUGUUUGGUCUGGGUUAGAACACCACGGAGCGUCUUGUGUUAGCACUGAAGGAGGGGAUGCACGCUCCUGGUUCCCCGCUAGGAUUAUUACGAUAAGCGGAUGGGGAGCUCGUUCUCCACUACUGGGUCGAAAAAGUGCCUAGAUUUAUGUGAAAGGAUAUAAUAAAAGUUACUACGCCGUCACCGGGUGCGGGUGCUGACAACUUCCUGAUGCA